AUGGCAGCGUUCAGCUUGACUUCCAACGGCUCUUUCAUCAGGACGUUCCGUAACUCUCCAGACAUCUGCGUGUUCGAUUGCCAGGACGACCCUUCUUCCUUCGACGCUAUCCUUUCCCCUCCUUCCCACUGGACAUUCCGGGCCAGAAUAGGCGAUUCCGCACAGUACACCGCCCUCGAACUCUUCGGAACCACAAUCCAGGGUGACGAGUUAACCCAACUCGCCGCCGACCUAACCCUGAAAUCCAAUUCCCAGACGUUUUAUCUCAUCGUAAACAGAGAGGGACUCUGUUUCCUCUCGGUGGGCGACCCCGUGGUGAAGCGGAUCAGGGCCAACGACUACUUCGGCUGGUCCAAAUACGGGGUCAAACCCGUAACGGAACCAACCGUGUGGAACAAGAUGGAGAUGUUCAGUCGCGGAAUCGUGGUGGACUUCGAGGAGAUGGCUAGAUCGUUAUCGGAAUCGAGAGACAGGGAAGCAGAGCUGUCCCUAUCCUUGGUUAGCAAGAAAGAAGAGUUGGAAAGUUGCAAAUCGGAACUAGUCGCGAAGCAGAGAGAGUUGUCGGGACUGGAAGCGAUUCUUGAACAGGUGAGGAACAAUUGUGAGGCGGGGAAGAAAGAGAUCAAAGAAGAGGCUGGAGGGGUGAGUGAAAGGGAAUCGGCGUGGAAGAAAGUUGCAGGGGAGAAAGAGGCAGAGUUGAGGAGAGUGGAAAGGCAGCUGGUUGGGAAGAUGAAGCAUGCGGAUGCGCUGAAAGGGGCCGUGAACUCGCUGAUUAGUUCUAUGUGGGAUCUCAAUAAGGUCUUGCGACAAGAGAUUAUCUGUUACCGAUUGCUGUCGAGUCAGGGAGGCGGAGACAGGGGUGAAGAAUCAGAAGAAGAAGAAUUAGUGGGCUCUCCGGAUCAGCUAAUCGCUAGUUCUCGGUGUGGGAGCAAUUCCACGCCACAUAAUGAUGACCUCACAGAUACUGAAUAA